AUGUCUUCCAGUAAUCCGACACCUCUUAACUUCUCCAUAUCAUCGAGACGCGCCGUUUAUGAUAAGGAAAAUGUGCCAGCAACACCAUCAACACCUACCCCGGCCACCCAUGUACCAAACUCUCUCAAUUAUGAGAAACUACGUCUUGAUCCCUCAGCUAGGAAGAAGCUACAUCGAAAUGGAUUUGUGGCAACACCCAAAACGCCCUCGUACACGCCCUACUCGGUGGGUAGAAGACCGAAGAAGAAACUGAGUCUCUCGCCUCCAACUGUCCCUCCCCCCAAAGUGCUACCUCAAAAUCCGCUUCAAAACCAUGAAUGGAACGUCCUCGCACAUUCGAAGAAGCUAUUAGAACGUGGGCAAACGCUCAAAGCGUUCCAAAUCGAGGCAGCAAACACGGUUUUGCGUCGCAAUCAGGAUUUGGCUGUCAUAGCACCAACUGGAGCUGGCAAGUCCUUGCUGUGGAUGUUGCCUUUGCUUGCUCAGGGAAAGGGCACAUCCAUCGUUGUAGUGCCAUACACAAGUCUCGGAUUCCAAGGAGAACGAAGAAGUAGGUCAAGCUGCAUAGCUGCGACAUUCUUAUGCUCCGAAACCGCAAGCUACGAGACUCUCAAUCGUCUCAAUGCUAAUCGUGGCUCUCAGAUAAUCUAUAUCUGCCCCGAAAUGCUCGAAACACCGAAACUUGCACAGUUGCUUUCCAGCGAGCAAUUUCGAGCCCAACUCUCCGGGAUCUACAUUGACGAAGCCCAUACCAUUCACGAAAGCGUUUCGUGGAGGCCCGCCAACGCCAACUUACACAUGCUACGACGCGUUAUAGGGCUAGACGUCCCCUUAAUCGUCAUCUCCGCCACUUUACCAUCAAAAUACCGAAAAUCACUCGAAGUCUACGCAGGCCUACGUUCCCAAUACCACCUCAUCCACCUUGGGAACUUCAGGCCCGAGCUAUCAGUUAUACGACAACAUAUGAAGCAUCCCAAAACCUCCUUCCUCGAUCUCGCCUUCCUUAUUCCUCUGAACGCAACCGAUAACGAUGUUCCGCCAACAAUUGUCUAUUCCGAUGACCUCAACCUUCUGACAGCCAUGUUUUGGUGGUUCCACUUCCGGUUGAGCUCAGCAGGGCUUUCUCCCAGCCUUGUUGAUAUCCUCCAUGCUGGCCUUUCCAAUGCACAUCAGAAAAUAUGCCUUGAAGACUUCAUCGACGGCCGUACAAGAAUUCUUCUUGGGUCAGAUAAAAUAGGCGCCGGAAUGGAUUUCCCACAUGUACGAGUUGUCAUACAGUAUGGCUGUCAAGGUUUGACAUUGGUCCGAUGGGAACAGCGACGUGGUCGGGGUGCUCGUCGAUCUGGGAUGACAGCUGUGGGGAUUUUACUUGUAGAGAAGUCGAUGGCGGGAGAAGAAGAGAAGUCUCCAACUAUCCGGAAUCCUCGAACCGAAGAUCCCGGUUUAGUCGAGCUCGCACAGACUAGCAGGUGCUUGGAGCAAGUUACCAAUAUCUGGCUCGAAAAUCCCUCGUCGACUUACACGUCCCGCUGCGAACGCUGCUCCAACUGUAAUCCAGCCCUCAAACUCCCAACACCUUACACUUUCGUCCACGAAAUGCCGCAAUCAAAAUCCGCGACCCAGAUCGCUAUGAACAGCGACACAGUUGCUGAGAUUCACAAUCUCUUACUUAAAUGGCAAGGGGAGCUUUGGAGGAGGGAAUGGAAGGAUGAAUGGCCGUCUUACGGGCCCGAGUGCCUUGUAACUGACAGUGGCUUGCUGUCGAUCGCAAAGAAUGCCCUCAAGAUUUCGACGGCUGAUGAUUUAUACAAUGUGACACCAAUCAUCCAUCUCGACGACCUCGCCCCUUCCCUUCUUCAAACCUUGGAGAACAUCACUCGGACUGUAUGCGGAACGACAGCGCGCGAACAGCAGAAGCAAAUUGAGGAGGCACUUUCCAGGAAUUCCGAGCAGGUGGCUACACCAUCAUCUACGCCGUCGAUUGAAUGGGCUCCUCUUCAAAUGCCAUGUCAUUUUGAUACCAAUUAG